GGAUGUGUAUCUACGCUCCCGUAACGUAGAACGAAAAUCUCAUUAGAACGCCAAAAUAAAGAGUAUAAAAAAUGCAAUGUAUUUAACGUGCUAGUUCAAGAUAUUUAGUUUAUAUAAAACGUGAAUUCAUUGAAGCAGAAGUAUUGUGAAAUUAAAUAAAUAAACAUGCUUCACUCGGAUAACGUUUCUAAUAGUGUUGGAGUGCAGUGCGGCAUGAGACGGCCUACAUUUGCAUUCAACGCAGUACAAUCGCCGCGUCGCUCUGGCAAAACACGUCGUUUCAAUGUCGGAAAUCAUGAUGGUGCUAUUAUAAGCGAUUCAUCUGGCAAGCAAUGCUCUUCGAGUAGUGAAGGUACUUCUAGUAACUACGAAACUAAAGGAAAUCUUAUCGGCGAAUGUAAUUCAUCUCCAACACUCGGAUCACUCAGCACUUCUACGCCUCAAAAACCAGAGGGAGAUAUUCAUAAUGCUAAGAAUCAAUUCCGCAGGGCUGCCAACGUCUGCGGAAACGACGUCCAACUAGUUUCCACUCCACUACCAUAUAGCACCACAGGUGAUUGUCAAAAGCCGAGGAAGCGCAAAGAGCGUCUAGAUAGUUCUUCAUCCAUAACACAAGAAAGAAAACUAGUGCGAUCUAAUAGUGAAGAAAGACCCCCUGAAGAAAAAAGUGAGAUACGGCGGGUGGUGUCUCACGAAGAUUUUCUUCCACUGCAUGUACACAAUGCUAGACUUGCCAGCCAAUAUGCACAUAACGAUAAUAUACAUAAGGUGAGCUAA